UGAGCUCAGACAUCUGUCACGAGCGGAGUUGAGAAGAAGCGUGUGACGUCAUCACGCCGCGACGAUAUGGUGUUCUAGCGUGAAACCAAUGAAGGGCAGCUCGUCUAAACAACACAUUUAAAGAUGUCCAUCAAUCUCCUGUCCACCGCUCUGCGGUCUCUGUCUCUCUGUAAGGCGGCUUCUCGGAGCGUCCAGUCUCAGAUCGUGAGCAGACCCGUCGGUCCAGUUGUAGACAUCAAAGGUUUGUCGUGGCGAGGCUUCAUGACGAGCGCUUCACAGCAGCAGAACCGCAGAAUGUGGAAGCAGAGGGAGAAAUACACCAUCCGACCCAUCGGCAUGAAGAAAACCGGAGGAAGAGACCAUACAGGUAAGGUCAUAAGGCAUGGGAUCGGAGGAGGACACAAACAGAGAUAUCGCAUGAUAGACUUUCAGCGUCUGCGCUACGAAGCAGGAAAAGAAGACCAGCCUAUCGUGGAAAAGGUUGUUGAAGUGAGAUACGAUCCGUGCAGAUCAGCAGAUAUCGCUCUGGUCGCCGGCGGAAGCCGUAAGCGCUGGAUCAUUGCAACCGAGAACAUGGGGUCUGGAGACCUGAUCAAGACGUCCGGUGUGAUUGGACGUAUGGCAGUUUUGGCCAAUGAGGGAGACUCUCAUCCGCUGGGCGCUCUUCCUGUUGGGACGCUCAUCAAUAAUUUGGAGCUGUUCCCUGGAAAGGGAGCUCAAUACAUACGGGCUGCAGGCACGUGUGGUGUGUUGCUUCGCAAAGUAAAUGGCACAGUAAUUGUUCAGCUUCCUUCUAAACAUCAGAUUCAGGUUCUGGAGACUUGCGUGGCUACGGUUGGUCGCGUGUCUAACGUCGACCACAACAAGCGCAUCAUCGGUAAGGCCGGUCGCAAUCGCUGGCUGGGCAUCCGUCCGUCAAGUGGCUUGUGGAAGAGGAAAGGUGGCUGGGCGGGUCGCAAGAUCAGACCUCUGCCUCCCAUGAAGAGCUUCAUCAACCUGCCUUCUGUUGCUGCAAAGUCAUGAUGAUGUCAUCAAUCACGUGACCGCACACGUGUUGAUGUGA